UGGUUAUUGAACUCCGUCAUAAGGAUAUUGUCUAUUGGUAUAGGCGCUAUUUAUGCCUUAAAUGCAACUAACGGUAAAGCCUCUUACGCGUGCUGAGAAGGUGGUCCAGGUGGAUGACGAUGCAUACGUUUCAGAUCUUUUGGCUGCAGUGAAGUGUGCCUUUGAUAUUGAUCCUGAGUAUCAGCGCUUAGUCUUUAAAGGAUGUCCUUUAUUAGACAAAGACAAGCCUCUACUAAAUUAUGAAAUCAGGGAUGGAGACAGACUUACCUUACUAACAAAAAGUGCACCACAACGAAGUGACUUUGAGUCUCUUUUGCGCAAGUAUUUGGCUGAAAAACUUCCUGAAGUUAAUCCGGAUUUUGUGGUCUCGAAAUUUCUUCAGGCAUUGUCUGCCAGAUUAAAUUCCAUGAGUCUCAGUGACAUCGAAAAUUUGGCAAGUGUGUGGCCUCCAUCUGGAUAAAGUAGAGUUCAGAAAGUGUUGACAUCAUAUAUCCAUAGAUUUUCUGUUUCCAGCUAGCCCUGAAUCUUGUACAAUGAACAUCAAUCUCUCAUAAAUAAGCGAUGUAUGUAUAAAUUCAAAGUUAUCGUAUAUGUAAUGUUUCCGCAAAAUAUAUGCUUGGGGUUAUAA